CAAUCAACGUCACGGCAUUUCGAGACAAGGCGCGAGACGCGUCUGUGCUUCGCUUACCGCAGUACCUGCGGAUGCUGACGAACAAUCUCAUCUCUUUAUCAAAUAAGCACUGCCAUUGACUCGAACAGCUAGGCGCUACUCCCUGCGAGGGACAAAAGGCCAUAUAAAUAUCGUUCACCUAGACGAUAGCCCUGAUUGUCGCUCUCAGCUACUUUCUCCCCUCAGAGCUUUCCACGUCUACCACUUGCUCGUCCGCGAAAUGCCUGCUUCGAAGUAUGUCACCUUGAACACCGGCGCUCAGAUGCCCACCCUUGGUCUCGGAACGUGGCAUCCUGGAGGUCCAGGCACCGUAGAGCAGGCUGUUGAGGUUGCACUCAAGCACGGCUACAGGCAUCUUGACACCGCGCAAGCAUACUCUAACGAGAGGCAGGUCGGUGAGGGCAUCAAGCGCUCUGGCGUGCCGCGCGAGGAGAUCUUCCUCACGACCAAGCUAAAUAACACCGAGCACGCCGACCCGCUCGCGGCCCUGCAAAAGUCGCUUGCCGCGCUUGACACGCCGUACGUCGACCUCUGGCUGAUGCACUGGCCGUGCCCGGUGAAGGACCGCAAGCCGGACCGGUCGCUCAACUGGCUCGACACCUGGAAGGUCAUGGAGGCUGUCCUCGAGGCGCACCCGGACAAGGUGCACGCGAUCGGCGUGAGCAACGUGAGCGCGCCGUUCCUCGGGAGCUCUUGAAGGUCGCGUCCAUCGUGCCCGCGGUCAACCAGAUCGAGAGCCAUCCGAGCCUGGCGCAGGAGGAGCUCGUCGAGCUGUGUAGGGAGAAGGGCGUCGCGGUCACGGCGUAUUGCCCGCUUGGGUCGGGCGAUGUGCCCCUCGCCGACCA